AUGAUGAGCGUCUCUGUUCCCACCACACCGCACCACGAGAAGGAUCGUGUACCACAUUUGAUGUCCGAUGAGGAGCUGCGGAAUGAGUACGUGCAGCUGCGCAAGAAGAAUGCCUCACUAAAUGACGAGUGCGCCUCCCUUCAGAUGGAAAUAAACGCCAUUUAUGAGGAGUCGGUUCGCCUUCAACAAAGCACAGAGAUCGAGGAAGAGAAGUUGGCAAACCAGCUGCUCCGUCGUCUUCAGUCGGAGGAAUUGCAAAAACGUCGGUUUCAUGACCUUAUCCGCCGCGAAGAAGCCGCCCGCCAAAAGAUCAUGAACCAAAUCGCCCAAAUCCGGACCGAGAAAACAGAUUUGGCAGGACAACUGGGGAAGCAAGAGUCGCUGAUGCUUCAGCUGCAGAAGAAGUUAAUGGAAGUGGUGACGAAGAAAAGUGAGGUGGAACGUGAACUACUGAAGGAACGUCGUAGAUACUUGGAUGUGCUCUCCACGCAAUUGGGUCUUCUUAUAGAAGGAUCCCUCAAUGAAAAGAAUGGGGAAAAGGCCUCUGACGCCGGCCAAAGCGUUGACGCAAGCGAGCAGAAACCAAUGGAAUCAUCAUCAAUGGAUGCGGACAAUAAAACAAUCAAUUGUGCCACUUCCAUCCCUGCAUUUGAGGCCGCUACAACUGAUACUCAUGUAGCUAUCAAUCGCCUAGAGAAGCAGCUCAACCGUCUUCUCUGCGAGCACGCUGCUGCGGUUCAGAAUUUGACAAGUAAUGAGGUGUGCUGUGCGGAACUGGCAAAGAAACUGGACACCAUACAGCAGGCCGCUUUCCUAGACCGUGCACGAGCGUCCAAGCUGAAGGAGGAACUCAAGGAAGCCAAAUCUCGCUUAGCGGGACUGGAGCGUCAGAUGUCACAGAUGAGCAGCUCGGCUAUUUCGGAAGAGAGUUCUGGUAUACCAACACCAACGUUGUGUUGCCUUAGAAGCUUCUCACUGCGUGGCCGAACAAGGGGGGCUCUGUCAUCACGUCAACGUGAGACAAGUGUCAGUUUCCAACCUUCCGUCGAUGCAUCGGAUACAGGAGAUGACUCACGCUCUUGUGCAUGA